UCCUCAGCGGCGUGUCGUCUGCGUCGGGUUGUCGUCGAGUGCCGUCACCGGGCACAUGCGCCAUGAAACGGGUCUGAUGUGCGUCCGGUCGUUCCUUCGCCGGAGGACGGACUCAGAGAUCGAUCCCCGAGGACACCUCUUUAGUGGUAGUAUUUGAGUGCAGGUGCGCGGACCGCGCCGGGUGUUGCUUCGAUCGUUCUACCCAAGUGCUUUGUGAACGGUUCGGGUAUCCGGGGGCUGACGAUGGAACCGGGGUUCCCGCUGGAUUCCGCGUCCCGGACUGUGUACAGCGAUCCCGACUAUCGCGGAUGAACCUGUCCGUCAGUGAUUGUGCAGUGAGGGGGUGUACUUUGUCCCGGAGGAUCGUGACUACGCUCCGGUGUUUCCGUACCGUUACCCGGCUGGGGGAGCAAGACAGAGUCGGGGGUGGUUCUUUUUCAGGCGAGAUGUGCCCGUGAGGGCGCGCGUGGCCUCUCAGACAGCGAUCGGUACUGCCUGGAAUCGUCCUCGACCAAAGGGAGAUCCGGCCAAGUUGAGUAGUGAGGUUGUUGAGUGCGGAAUAAUCGUCGGACCAAGGUAACCGCCAGAGAAGCUUUAAGGUGACAGCGGUGGAGAAGGAAGAAGAGGAGGCAGAAGAAGAGAACCUGCGCAGCGGACGCCAUCUCCGCGUUAUCGGCAAGCGGAUCCUCCGGGACUCCCCCCCAAGCAGCUUCGGCGUCGCGCACCCUCGGCGGGAUCUACCCCGCGACAGCAGCCACCCUGAUGGGAGUGUAUGAGGAGCGCGCCCCUCCUACCACCGGCAUGCACUGGCCGGCCAGCUCGCAGGAGCGUGGCAGCGGCUUGGCUGUGGGGCGUCAAGGGGGGCCCGGCAGCGCGGGGGGGCCCGGAGCAGUGGACCAGGCGAGGGACCUAAGUCCCUGCCUCCCCGCGUCCAUGGGCGACGCUGCACGACCUACCACUUUACCGUGCAGUCCUCCUGCCGCCCACCAUCACGGGCCCCAUCAUACGCCCCUGCAUCAGACCCACUGCGGUACCAACAACAACUGCUACGACGGACCCACCACCCCCUACGACUCUAGGGACUACGAUUCUCCUGGAGUGUUUAAAUAUCGAUUAGGUGGACAGGAGUACAGGAACAACAAUAGCAACUUCGAGAACCCGAGCGACCUGAGCAUGCCGCCCCAAACGACCCACCACCAUCAUCACCAUCACCACCACCAUCAUUCCCAUCUGCAUCACCAAACUCACUCGCAAGAACAGCAGACCACGGAACACUUGCACGCUAUACCGAAGCUGGAGCCGCCGCCCACCCCUCCAGCCCAGUCCGAGGACGUUCCAGGGGUGGUUUGCGCCGGAUGCGGCCUGCGGAUAUCCGACAGGUUCUACCUGCAGGCCGUCGACAGGAGGUGGCACGCCGCCUGUCUUCAGUGCUCGCACUGUCGUCAGGGCCUCGACGGCGAAGUCACCUGUUUCAGCAGGGACGGAAACAUUUACUGCAAGAAGGACUACUAUCGAAUGUUUGGCAGUAUGAAACGGUGUGCCCGGUGUCAAGCAGCGAUCCUAGCCUCUGAGUUGGUGAUGAGAGCCAGGGACCUCGUGUUCCACGUACGUUGUUUCUCCUGCGCGGCCUGUGCCGUACCCCUGACCAAGGGCGAUCAUUUCGGGAUGAGGGACGGCGCGGUACUCUGUCGCCUCCAUUACGAAAUGGGCGCUGAACUGCAUCCUUCUCAAAGUCCUCCGGUUCCGGUGUACCCGCCAGGACCACACUACCCCGGCCAGCCCUUUCCUUCGCCGGAAUUCCUUCAUCACCACCACCAUCAUCCUUCCCAUCCUCCGCAUCCUCAUCAUUCCAUGCACCCGCAGCAUCCGCACAGCCACGUGAGCCCUGUACCGCUUCAACCCUCGACGCCAUCCGUGCCCGACGCGGGAUCGCCACCCAAAGUACCGUACUUCAAUGGCGCCGCGGUCGUACCGCCACCCAGACAGAAAGGAAGGCCGAGGAAAAGGAAGCCCAAGGAUCUCGAGGCUAUGACUGCUAACAUAGAUUUAAACGCGGACUACAUAGAUAUGCCCUUCGGUAGAGGGGGCCCGGCUACUCCCGGCAUGCCUGGUUCCAACAGCAGAACAAAACGAAUGAGAACGAGUUUCAAGCAUCACCAGUUAAGGACGAUGAAGAGUUACUUCGCGAUCAAUCACAAUCCCGAUGCGAAGGAUCUCAAGCAACUUUCCCAGAAAACUGGCUUGCCAAAAAGGGUGCUGCAGGUCUGGUUCCAGAACGCCCGCGCAAAAUGGCGGCGCAUGGUGCUGAAGCAGGAGGGGAAAUCGGACAAGUGCGACGGCGGCGUGGACGGCGGUUCCCUUGGCGACCUUGAGCUUUACGGGAACAGCACCGGAAGCGGCGGUCCGCCGAUGAGCCCUCCAUUCAUGCUCGGCGGACCGCACAGUCCUGCGUCCUUGGCGUCCUUGGACUGCGCGUGAUCCCCGAAAUCCCGUUUCCGGACCAGGCCCAUCGAACGAGACCAGCGAAUGGACUCGUCGAUGUUCUACGCGUCGAUGAUCCGCGAGAUGGACGCCAGAGAAAUGGACGCGGGACUGUUCUCGUCGGAUCCGCGGGUCCCGUUCGUCAACGGGGGCGCC